UUGGUCUAACUUUUCCAGCCAGCUGGAUUUCCCGGGAAACAUAACCGCAGUCGGUCAGGAAAAGGAAACCUCAAUUUUCCGGCCGACUUCUGAAGAACCAAAUCCUCAGACAUCUGGGAGUGGGAGACAACCUCAAUUAUCAAUCUCUCUCACACACACUCAACAGUCAGAAACUUCGUUUUCUCUGUGAUUUAAUUCCUCUUAUCUCCCCAAAUCUCAAAAGGGUUUGUUUCUCUAUGGACAAUCCCACGGUUCAGAGAUUACCCAGUAAGUCAUCGGAGCUGAAUCUUGCUCCGAACAUGUCCGAUGAGGAGCUAGCCCGUUCGCGCAACAUAGAACGCCUGAUCAAUGUGAACCACCGCCGAGCGCCGUCAAGGACGAUCUACUUCGACAGGUUCAUCCCGUCCAGGACGGGUUCGAACUUUGCUCUCCUCCACCUCCCUCCGGAGCGACCUGAGGACAGUGUCUAUUCCAGGCUACUUCGCUCUGUGCUUUUUGGCCCUGAAUCUGGCGCUGUCUCACCUACCACGCCCGAGAACAGAAGCGACUGGAUGAACCCACCAAGCCGGAAUAUCUUCCGGUAUCAGACAGAGACUCGCCGGCCCUUUCACUCCGUUUCUCCACUGGAGUCUUACGAUGCCGUUGCCGGGGUUAAUCAUUGCCCGGUAAAGGCUCCCCGGAAGAUUCCAAAGUCGCCUUAUAAGGUUUUGGAUGCACCGGCAUUGCAAGACGAUUUUUAUCUCAAUUUAGUUGACUGGUCUUCGCAUAAUGUGUUGGCGGUGGGGUUGGGAAAUUGUGUUUACUUGUGGAAUGCAUGUAGUAGCAAGGUAACCAAGUUAUGUGACUUGGGAAUUGAUGACAGUGUCUGUUCAGUAGGGUGGGCUCAGCGUGGUACACAUCUUGCUGUUGGAACUAGCAAUGGAAAAGUCCAGCUUUGGGAUGCAUCUCGCUGUAAGAAGGUAAGAACUAUGGAGGGUCAUCGGUUACGUGUUGGGGCUUUAGCCUGGAGUUCAACUCUUUUGUCUUCCGGUGGCCGGGACAAGAGUAUUUUCUUACGAGAUAUGCGUACUCAAGAAGAUUUUGUUAGUAAACUCUCUGGACACAAGUCAGAGGUUUGCGGAUUAAAGUGGUCUUAUGAUAAUCGUGAAUUAGCAUCCGGUGGCAAUGAUAAUAGACUUUUUGUUUGGAAUCAAAAUUCAAAUCAGCCUGUGCUGAGAUACUCUGAGCAUACAGCAGCAGUAAAAGCUAUUGCAUGGUCUCCCCAUGUUCAUGGACUUCUUGCAUCCGGGGGAGGAACUGCAGACCGAUGUAUUCGUUUCUGGAAUACAACCACAAACUCACACUUGAGCUGCAUUGAUACUGGAAGUCAGGUAUGCAAUCUUGUGUGGUCCAAGAAUGUCAAUGAACUUGUCAGCACACAUGGAUACUCGCAAAACCAGAUAAUUGUUUGGAGGUAUCCUGCCAUGUCAAAGUUGGCAACUCUUACGGGCCAUACAUUUCGAGUUCUCUAUCUUGCCAUUUCACCUGAUGGACAGACAAUUGUCACGGGAGCUGGAGAUGAAACACUUAGGUUUUGGAAUGUGUUUCCUUCCGCUAAAUCACAGAGUAGGGACAGCGAGAUUGGAGCAUCAUUUUUUGGAAGGACUACAAUCCGUUAACUAUUGCAGGCAGGGGCGGAACUAGAAUUUUAGGUGGGGGCAAAACUAAAAGUAAAAGAGGGAGGGUAAAAAAUUGAUUUUGAAAGGGUUAUAGAGGUAUCUAAAAAAAAAGGAGAACUCGUUUGAGGCUUUUGGGAGGGAGGAGCUAAAGCCCCCACAAACCUCAACCCUCAACGUAGUUCCGCCCCUGAUUAAAGGCCUAUUAGCUUAUUGACAGCUCUCAAGUGGGUCUGCUUGACCCAACCCUACGUUCCGCCCCUGAUUGAAGGCCUUUUAGCUUAUUGACAGCUCUCAAGUGGGUCUGCUUGACCCAACCCACAUUGGGAAGAGAAUUUACGGAGACCUAACAAUACCAAGAUGUGACUGGAAGCAAUGGAGCAUCUCUAGUUUCUUGCAACCUGAAUGUUUUGUAGGUCUUUUUCCCACGUCAACAGGUUUUAGUAUGUUGAGAGGGGAGCUAUUAACAGCUCCCUUGUAUAUUCAAAAAGGAAGAAUACUAGCAUGUUUUGACCGUUAAUGGUUUAGCAUGCUUUUGUAAUAUUUGUAAAUGACUAUUAUUCUUUCACAUUUAUGUCUUUACGAGGAGAGGAGAGUGUGUGGAUUUCUCUA